GUGGGGGUGGAGGGAAAAGCAAGCCAGGAGGUGCUGCGGCCGCUUCUAGUAGUUUCCAGGCGCUGCCGGGCGGCUGGGACCGAGCGGUCCUGAGGCUGUGACUGCGGCUGCUUGGGAGCUGGUGGCGGCGCGCUAGGAGAGCCGAUGGCCAAGUGGGGUGAGGGCGACCCACGCUGGAUCGUGGAGGAGCGGGCGGACGCCACUAACGUCAACAACUGGCACUGGACAGAGAGGGAUGCUUCUAACUGGUCCACAGAAAAGCUGAAGACCCUGUUUCUGGCUGUUCGGGUACAGAAUGAGGAGGGCAAGUGUGAGGUGACCGAAGUGAAUAAACUUGAUGGAGAAGCAUCUAUUAACAAUCGAAAAGGCAAACUUAUCUUCUUUUAUGAAUGGAACGUCAAACUGAAUUGGACAGGUACCUCUAAGUCAGGAGUACAAUACAAGGGACAUGUGGAGAUCCCUAAUUUGUCUGAUGAAAACAGCGUGGAUGAAGUGGAGAUUAGUGUGAGCCUUGCCAAAGAUGAGCCUGACACAAAUCUCGUGGCCUUAAUGAAGGAAGAAGGGGUGAAACUUCUCAGAGAAGCAAUGGGGAUUUACAUCAGCACCCUCAAAACAGAGUUCACUCAGGGCAUGAUCUUGCCCACAGUGAAUGGAGAGUCAGUAGACCCAGUGGGACAGCCAGCUCCGAAAACUGAGGAGCGCAAGGUAAAGCUAUUCCCAGGUAACAGGGAGGAAGGGGUGGCUGUCUGCAAAGGGAAGUAG